AUGGCUCAGAAGCUAGACCUCACGCCGUACGUGAGCCAGGAAGUGGCGGACGUUUUGUUGUGGAAGGACGUGAAGAAGUCGGGAGUGUGCCUCGGAGCUGGAGUCGGAACGUACGUCCUCUACAAGCUCGUCGAGAAGCAGUUCGCUUCGUACUUCGCCAAGCUCCUCUGCAUCGUCGUCGUCGGCUGCUACAUGUACGCGAAGGCCGUGCCGGUCCUGCACAAGCAUCAGAUUCAGCUCAAGUUUCUGGAGCCGUCGGACGAGGCCGACGCGAAACGUGUCGCGGAGAAGCUCGUGGUGAAGAUCAACAAGGCCAAGGCGUACGCGUUGCACGUGUACUCGGGCGGCUCGACCAAGGACACGGCGCUCCUGGGCACCGGGCUGUACCUCACCAGCCGCGUCCUGGCCUCCGUGUCGCUCACGACGCUGCUGCUCGCGGCCUUCGUGCUCGCGAUGACGGUCCCGAAGGCGUACGAGAUGAACAAGAAGGAGGCGGACGCGCUGCUGUCCAAGGUGACGAAGCAGGCUAGCAGCCUGCGCGGGCAGGUUAUGUCGAAGAUCCCCUCCGCGCGCAAGAUGAACGCGGGCGGGAGCAGCAAGCCGAAGAAGAGCUCGGAGCCGCCGAAGACUGAGGACAAGAAGGCGCAGUGA